AUGGCUGAGGAAGCCUCCAGCCCUACCGGACAAGCUGGCACAGCAAUUGGAGCCGCUAGCCUUUUUAUACAAGUUUUUCAAGGAUGCUUAACAGGAUUCUCUCUUUGGAAGCACGACAAAAAUGUAGGAACAGAUGCGCUUAUCUUCAAAGUACGAUUAGACCUCCAAGCUGCAAAGUUCCGGGCCUGGGCUUUCGAAUGGGGCUUGCACAAAGGAACUGAUUCGCCUUAUUUCCGCGACGAGAGAUUCAAGACCUACAACGACGAAGCAGUCCAAGCUGUUUUGACUAUCUAUUCGAUUCUCGCUGAUCUAGGAGGCCUUCAAGUCGAGAACCCACUCCUUGCUGCUGCUGGGAAACACGAGGUUACGCCAGCUGCCUCGUUCAGCAACAUGCACCGAUUCAGCGAUCCAGAUUCCAUUGAAAGAAAGUACUGGGUGAAAAAGAUGGAAACGAUUCGUGAAGAUGUCAGCCUUCACCAACGCCUUCGCUGGGCUCUUGAAAGCGGAACAGCCGAUAAGAUACUGGAAAACCUUGAGAGGAUGAUAGGAGAUCUCUAUCAGUUGUUCCCUCCUGUGAGAAACGAUCCAGCUGUGCCAGUCAUAAUGAACCAGUCGCUGCCUACGGAGCAACUUCCAGUGUUAAAUGAAAUCAACCCAAGUACAGUAGAUGACCCACUACUGAUCGGUCUCGCUCGACUCAAAGCUGCUACGACCGACCUGCAGGCACGAGCCAGCGCUUUGGAACAAAUUAACGUCAAUAGAAAAAUGCGAGAUCUCAAAGGAGCCAAGUAUAGUGGCAAGGAGAGACGUUCUAUUGGAAGAUUUCAGAACGAGGAUGUGCUCGUAGAAUGGAAAGCCGUGGACGCCACACUUGCUGAAGCAAGGGGUGACGGUGUUGUUUUCGGUACGGUGAUGGACCAACGCAUUAAGAACAUUGCCCGCCUUCUUAGGUCUGACAAUAAGCCUGAGGAGCUUCGGACACUGACCUGCCUUGGCGUGGUCACCACUACCGGGACCUCGGACUUCAGUAAGCAGUAUGGUAUGCUCUACCAAAUACCGAGUACCACAUACAGCACCCUUUCUGAUGCCUUGGAAACUUCGAAGAAUGACUUCUUCCUGGAAGAUCGUUUCUCAUUGGCCGUGGUUUUAGCCAAGGCAAUGCUGUACUUGCACUUAGCUGGAUGGCUGCACAAGGGCAUUCGGGGCGACAACAUUGUGUUUUUCGUUCAAGAUGACACAAAGUAUGACUUAAGCAAGCCGUACCUGGUAGGUUUUGAGUACAGCCGCGAAAGCAGGCCGAAUGCUCAGACCGAAGAUGUACUCGAGGAUACCGAGUCAAAUUUGUACAGGCACCCCGAGGUACAGGGUGUUCCUCGGGAGCUGGCCGAACAGAGUGGCUUAUCCGAAACCCAAAAGACCCGACCUCCCUUCAGUGCGAAGCAUGAUAUAUAUAGCCUUGGCAUUGUUCUUCUUGAAAUUGGACUUAUGAAAUCCGCAUGGUCCAUGCUUGAGACAGCAAAAACACAACAAGACUACAAAUCUCACUCGGCUGCAAACUUCCGAGCAUGGCUGCUAGAGAGCCAAGUUCCUUGCCUGGGGCCACUGGCUGGCCGGAGCUAUAUGGAAGCCGUUAGGUCUUGUAUCACCGGCGAGCUGAGUCUGGAAGGACGAACUCUUGCAGAGGCGUUUUACGUCGACGUUGUGCAGAAGGUUACCGGACCUUCAAGCGUUGAUAUCGGUCCUUAA